AUGGCGGACGAGGAAUCCGAGGCUGCCUUUUUCCAGGCCCAAGCCUUGAACACUGAGUCGCAUUCCCCCGCCGAGGAAGAAGCCGAGAACUCGGAUUCAGACGACUACGACCCUUCACAGGCAUUGGGCGAGCACUAUGCAACCUCUUUCGCAGACCCCAAACAGAAUGAUGAUGAUGAUGCCACCGCUGAUCAAUCUCCGUUGAAUGAUGUCGUUAACGCGACUCCCGACGUGGCGGCUGUCGCAUCAGACACCGAAGCUGCCCAAGACAGCGUCGCUCUUGAUCCUUCUCAGAACUCCUCCCCUACUGGAUCUCAGACAUCGACACCCGCACCACCAACCGAAGAUGCGGCACAACCCACGGCCACCACGGAUGGUGCAGUUGGGGUUGAUCAGGACGAGGAUGACGAGGAUGACGCGGAUUAUGAACCGCCAGCUGUACUUGAGGGAGAGGAGGCAGAUGUUAUUCCUGUGACAAUGUCUGAAGAUCCCAGUUCAGGAAAUGCAAUUCAAAACACUUCCACCCUUGAUGUAUCAUCACACCAAGCUGAGCAGGGACCUGCCAGUGGGCCAGACCUUUCCCAUAGUUCUUAUUCUCCUGCUCAUGUUCCUAAUAUUGAUCCUUCUUCUGUUUCUGGCCAAUCUCAGUGGGCUGCGCAAGAUUUGAACUCCACGGACAUGCAGAACAGUACCGCUCCUACCCCUGUACCUGACUCUCCUUCUGCACAGGGCCGUCUGUCCCAUGAUCGGGUGGGAAUCCUGCAAGAUCGCACCGAGCAAGACCCCCGAGGUGAUAUUCCCGCAUGGUUGGAGUUAAUCGCAGAGCACAGAAGCCGCAACAGAUUAGACAGCGCACGUGAGACCUACGAGAGCUUUUUGAAGGUCUUUCCAAUGGCUGCUGAUCAAUGGGUGGCUUACGCCAACAUGGAAUCUGAGCUCAAUGAACUCUUUCGUCUAGAGCAGAUCUUCAACCGCACCUUGUUGACGAUCCCAAGCGUUCACCUCUGGUCUGUGUAUCUCGACUAUGUCCGCCGCCGUAACCCUCUGAGCACAGACGCCUCCGGACAAGCAAGAAAAACCAUUUCCUCCGCCUAUGAUCUCGCCAUUCAAUAUGUGGGCAUGGACAAGGAUUCGGGCAACAUCUGGACCGACUACAUCGAGUUCAUUCGUUCCGGGCCCGGCAGUGUUGGAGGAUCUGGGUGGCAGGAUCAACAAAAGAUGGAUCUGCUGCGAAAGGCCUAUCAACGCGCUAUCAGUGUUCCGACCCAAGCAGUCAAUACCCUCUGGAAGGAAUACGACCAAUUUGAAAUGGGAUUGAACAAAUUGACGGGCCGCAAAUUCCUGCAAGAACACUCGCCAUCUUACAUGACUGCCCGCAGCUCCUACACUGAACUUUUCAACACCACACGCGAUUUGAUCCGGACAUCCCUUCCUCCCAUGCCCCCGAUGCCAGGAGCUGAAGGUGACGCUGAAUUCGCAGCGCAGGCGGAGAUUUGGAAACGUUGGCUUGCAUGGGAGAAAGAAGAUCCUUUAGUGCUCAAAGAGGACGAUCUUGCAGCUUUCAAAUCGCGCGUUGUUUACUGCUACAAGCAGGCACUCAUGGCGCUGAGAUUUUUGCCAGAGAUUUGGUUCGACGCUGCGGAAUUUUGCUUUUUAAAUGAUAUGGAGAGCGAUGGCAACGAUUUCCUCAAGCAGGGUGUUGAAGCAAACCCAGAGAGCUGUCUUCUGACAUUCAAGCGAGCGGAUAGGUUGGAGGUCACUUCUGAAACCGAACAAGAACCAUCCAAGCGCGCAGCAAAGGUCCGGGAGCCCUAUGACAAGCUACUUGACGCUCUCUACGGCUUGAUCAACAAGGCUCGCGAACGAGAAACACAGGAUAUCGCCCGCAUUGAACAAGAAUUUGCCCCCAAAGCUGCACAGACUCAACCUGAGAAUGAUGAUGAGCCUGAUCCUGAGGCAAAGGAAAGAGAAGCAGCAAAGACGGCACAGAUUGAUGUAGUCCACAAGGCCCACUCAGUCCACAUCAACGCACUCUCCAAAACCCUCUCCUUUGCCUGGAUCUCACUUAUGCGCUCCAUGCGUCGGAUUCAAGGCAAAGGCAAGCCUGGUGAACUAGCAGGUUCGCGACAAAUUUUUGCAGAGGCUCGAAAGCGUGGUCGGAUAACCAGUGAUGUCUACAUCGCCAGUGCUCUCAUGGAGUAUCACUGCUACAAGGACCCUGCCGCAACAAAGAUCUUUGAAAGGGGUGCCAAAUUGUUCCCAGAAGAUGAGCAUUUCGCACUCGAGUAUCUGAAGCAUCUCCUUGAUAUCAACGAUGUCAUUAAUGCCAGAGCCGUGUUCGAAACGACCGUCAGAAAGUUGGUCUCCAACCCUGAGAGUGUCCACAAGGCUAAGCCCAUAUUCUCCUUCCUUCAUGGAUACGAGUCUCGGUACGGUGAUCUCACCCAAGUGAUCAACCUGGAGACCCGCAUGCGUGAAUUAUACCCCGAGGACCCUGCUCUGGCUCAGUUUGCCCAUCGUUAUGCCAGUCCCACGUUUGAUCCCACGUCUGUCAGACACAUUUUGUCGCCGUCCCAGACACGACAAAAAUCCGACAAUGCGGGCUAUCUCACUACAACACAAGCUUCUCCCGCGCAAAACCACGCGGACAUGUCGCUGAACUCACCCAAGAGACCCUAUCCCACCGACGAUUAUGACGACGAGAGCCGCCCGCGCAAGUUUGCUCGUGCUGAAUCUCCCAUGAAGGGGGGACAAGCCCGACGCCCCGAUCAGCCAAAACGAGUGCAGCAGCUCAACGGGCAAAACACUUCAUACAAGCCUCAAGGAUCCCCUGCUCCUCUGCCUCGGGAAGUGGUCACUCUUUUGAGCAUCAUCCCUCCCGCCCACUCAUAUAACAUCAGCCGCCUUUCUCCCGAGAAAAUGAUUGAACUCCUCCACCACGUCAAUAUUCCUGCCACCCCCGCUCAAGCACAGCUGCCUCAAAACUCUGGUGGGGGAAUGUCUUACUCUGGCUCCUACCGUUGA